UCUAUGUGCAUAAUAUAUACAAAAAAAUGACAACAAACUUGCAGAACGGAAAUUUGAGAUAUUGGGAUAGAGUGUUGGUGCUCUUAUAUUCUGUGUAAUAAAUUUAUAACCGGUUCUUUCUUAGUUUCGUAAGCACCUAUAAUUUUACACAAGAAGAUGGCUCCAACUAUUUUGAAGGAUUUAGCUAAAGAAAUAUUUGCUAAAAAUAUAGUUAAAUCUAGAAGCGAAACUGGUAAAUCUAUACAAGAAUUCAAAUUCAAAAAAGACAGGUGCAGACUACUUUCUAAAUAUGAAGAUUUAAGGGAAGAUAGUAAAGGAAUCAUAUAUUGGAUGAGUAGGGAAUCGAGAGUUAAUGAUAACUGGGCUCUUCUAUUUGCACAGAAGUUAUGUUUUAAAUAUGAGGUACCUCUUCAUGUAUGUUUUUUUUUGGAUGACUUCAAAGAACUAUAUCCUACUACAAGACAGACUGGGUUUUUGAGAAAAGGCCUAGACCAUGUGAAGAAAGAUUUGGAAAAAUUGAAUAUUCCUUUUUAUCUGUUGAAAAACUCUCCAUUGGAAUUAGUCGAUAUAAUCAAAACUAAUGAUAUUGGAUGUUUGGUUUGUGAUUUCUUUCCACUUAGAAUUAUCACAAAUUGGCAAAAAAAGCUGCAGGAAUCACUUCCAAGUAAUGUCGCAAUUGUUCAGGUUGAUGCACAUAAUAUUGUUCCAUGUUGGGUUGCUUCGGACAAACUAGAAAGAGCAGCUAGAUCCAUUCGUCCUAAAAUAUUGAAACAGCUUCCAACCUAUUUGACAGAAUUCCCUCAAGUCAGUAAACAAAAAGAAACAAAAGAGUUGAUCAUCAAAUCAGAGCUGAAGUGGUCUAAAGGGGAUAAGCUUGAAAUAGAACAUGUUGAAGAAAUAACAUGGGCUGAACCAGGAGAAGAAGGUGGUUUGGAGAUGCUGAGAACAUUUCUCUUGGAACGGUUACAAUAUUAUGGUAUUAGCAGCAAUGAACCAUCAAAAAAACAUCAGUCUAACUUGUCUCCUUGGUUACAUUUUGGUCAAAUAUCAGCUCAGAGAAUCGCAUUGGAGGUAUCUAAAUUGAAGAAAACUUGGACAACUCAGUGUGAACGAUUUUUGGAAGAAGCGAUUAUUCGCAAAGAAAUAUGUGAUAAUUUCUGCCUGUACAACAGUAACUACGAUAGCCUCCAAGGAGCAGAUAAAUGGGCCCAGGACACCUUGAAUUUACAUAGGGACGAUAAGAGAGAUUAUUUAUAUACAGCUGAACAGUUUGAACAAUGUCUAACACAUGAUCCAAUUUGGAAUUCUGCUCAGUUCCAAUUGGUUACUGAAGGUAAACUUCAAGGAUAUAUGAGGAUGUAUUGGUGUAAGAAAAUAUUAGAGUGGACAGAAUCUCCUGAAAAAGCAAUUGAGACUGCCUUAUGGCUCAAUGAUAAGUAUAGCAUCGAUGGAAGUGAUCCUAAUGGUUUUGUUGGAGUAAUGUGGUCAGUAUGCGGCAUUCACGAUCAGGGAUUUAAAGAAAGACCAGUAUUUGGUAAAAUACGUUUUAUGGUAGACUACAGCCUAAGCAGAAAAUAUGAUAUUAAAACUUACUGCGCCAAGUAUCGACCAAAUGCUAAAGUUAGUUCCAAUAUCACCAAGUAUCUGCAGAGCUCAAAAUCGAAAACAGAAGAUGGUAAGGGUCAAGGCAAAACAGAACAAAAAGAUACAAAAAAGACAGAUAUUAAAGAUAGUAAAAAACUAAAGGCAGAAAAUCAUACUUCCGAAAAGAAAAGAAAUAUUAAAGAUGAAUCUGAUGGAGGAUCUAAGAAGAAAAGGAAAAUUUAAAUUCCUAUCAACAAUUAAAAAAUUUUGAAUCUCGUUCAAAUGUUGACUACCUCAAAAGUUUUUAUCAUUCACAUGUUUUUAUUCAAUAAGUUUUUGGCAAUAAACAGAUAUUUGCACUA